AUGCCAUCAGUCCCGCCAACAUCAAUUGGAACACGCAAACGUACUCGAUCAACAAACAUUUCUGAGAGUAAUCAUGAUCAUCAGCAUGUAGCAGCAUCAUCAACAAUAUUACCACCAGCAACAUCAAUCAGUCAUUCUUUGCAUGCAACAAAUACCGUUGCUGUCAAUGCUCCACCUAAACGUCAACGAAAUAAUCCACCACCCACAGGGCCACCACCGCCAGUCGCCCCGCGUACAGCUUAUUCACUUCGAAAUCGUUCGUUAACACCCGAUCCUCGUCAUCCAUCAACAAGAUUUCCAUCAGUUCAAACAACUUCACCUUCGAGAGCAGCAAACCGACCACGAUAUAAUUUACGUCCACGUCGUCCACAAUCACAAAUUCGUCUACCUCAAGUUUCAACAACACAACCCAUUAUAACACCACGUCGUAAUCAUCCUGUGAUUCCACCUAUUAAUCAAACCAUAGCACCAGCAUCGUCAUCUGCCAAUCUCAAUCAAUCAUCAUUGCUAACCUUCCAAACAGCUACAACUACUACUACUACUACUACAGCAUCCCCACCACUACUACCAUUGUCACCUCUACCUCUAAUUUCAAUUCCUCCAGUUAUUCCACCGAUACCACAUUCAACACCACAUGUUAUUCAACCAAGACAAUAUCGUCUUGUUUACAUAUCCGAUGAUGAUGAUGAUCCACAAGCAACUGCAACCGUUGUUAAUACAACAUUUGAUUUAGUUACAGAUGAUGAAGAUGAAGAUUUCAUACGGUCACAAUUUGCAACUCGUCAUCGUACAACGAGAUCGACAUCCGGUGUUGCUCCUAAUACACGUUUUCGUACAAUAACCGCAGUUCCCUCAAGUGCAGUUAGUACGUCAUCAUCAAGUAGCUCAUCCAGUACAUCGACAUCAACAACAAUCAAUACACAAGAUUUUAUUAAUGGUGUUGCCUAUGUACGAUUGAAUCGUGCUAUUGAAAUUGUUAUUGACUCUAUUCAAUCACUUGAAGGUGCUGUUAGUAGUUUUGAUCAACUUGUUUUCGGUCUUAUUUACGGUCGUUUGGGUACAAGAGCUGAAUCAGAUAGUAUCGAGGGCAUGAUUCGUUUGUCACGCAUAUUAAGUCUUAAUCUACCAUCACGAUUAAGUCAAACUGAAAUUGAUGCACUACCAAAAAUAAUUUUCGCUACUAAAACUAGUGAAACAUCAUCAAUUCUUCUAGUUGAAAAAUGUCCAAUAUGUUUAUCUGAAUUUAAUGAUCAGGAAACAAUUAAUAAAUUACAUUGUACACAUUUAUUUCAUUUACAAUGCAUUUCAACGUGGCUCAGUGAAAAUGAUUCAUGUCCAACAUGUCGUCGUAAAGUAAUGGGUGAUUGA